CCUAUCGGGGCGCGUGGGAGCGCGCACAUGCUGCCCAAAGACCCUCACACCUCAUACGGCUGUCCCUCAGACAGUUCACAGCUGCAUUCGGCGUCAAGAUGCAGGUCUCCGCCGCUCGCUGGGUGCUGGCGCUGGCCGUGCUGGGGGCCGCGCGGGCGGCCGUGCCCGACCAGCAGCGCCUGGUGCGCCUGCUGCAGCGCGCCCUGGAGCAGCAGCUGGCCGCCGAGCCGCUCCAGUCCACCGCCAACGCCAACGACUACUUCGACCGCACCCUGGCCAACGCCCGCCACCUGGUGCUCGACAACGGCCUGGACCCGCUGCCGCUGCCCGAUGAGAAGCUCGCCGUUCUCGGCACGGGCGUGGUGCUGCACGACGGCCACCUGGACGGGCUCUCGAACGUGCACCGCACCGGCGACGCCAUCAUGUCCUACGACGGCGAGUGGCUCGGCAUCUCCGGACACAUCGGCUUCAACGGAUUCGGCGCCGGCUACUCGUGCAAGAUCGAGGUGAUCGGCAUCGGCCCCGACGUCACCGCCACGGCCACCAUCACCGAGACGAGCGUCUUCUUCAGCGCCAAGAUCUCCUCGCAGACGCUGGCCAUCGAGCUGGUCGACUUCAAAAUCGAGCAGGUCGGCACGAUUGACGUGGACAUCACAGGACUGGGCAUCUUCGACUGGUUGCUAGAGCCGCUCACCGAGGCCAUCGUCAACCUGCUGGACGGCAUCGUGGUCGACAUCAUCAACCUCAUCCUGGAGCCGAUGCUGCGCAGCUUCAUCGAGUCCAUCGACCUCAUGGCCAUCAUCAAGGACCUGAUCUAAGUCAGCCAAAAUGAAACUGUCCAUGUUUAUCGGGAAAUAUUGUCCUGCUAGCAAUAAAAACGAAACCAGUUUCGAUGCAUCUUGGAAAAUAAAUUGUUGUCGAAUGUUC